GGAAUGCUCCUACUCUACAAGUGCCGGGUCUUCUUUAUAACAAGUAACUCGUGCAACAGUUUACACGGUUAUUUGUAUUAUUAAACAAGUUAAUUAGUGAGAAAUGAACCCAUCCACCCCCACUUCUAGUAAAAUGACCCAUGUUGGGUCACCAUCCCCCUCCCCACCAAGUAAAAGGAUGAAACACCAAAGUGGAAUCGAGGUGACGAAAGGAUGCACUAUUCUUAUGACCGGUCUAGCGAAGUCGGGGAAGACCACCAUUUCCAAUUCCCUUACUAAAAUGCUCAAAUCCAACGGGAUUUUAGUAAAACAAAUGGAUGGGAAGUAUUUGAGGACCGGUCUCUGCAAAAAACUGGACUUUGACAGCAAGAAGGAUCGGUCGGAAUUUGUUCGUUUGGCUUCAGAACUUGCCAAAACAUUCACGGAAGAGGGAUUCGUGUCCAUCAUUUCAAUUGUGGCUCCGUUACAUGAGGACAGACAGAAAGCCAGGGGUUCUCAUGAGCAAGACGGACUGAAGUUUGUAGAUGUCUUUGUGGAUAGGUCAAGAGCGGAAUGUGAUGCAGAAUCUGGCCUGAGUAGAAAUGUAAUAAACCCUAUUGAUGCGGACUACGAACCACCCACAAAUCCAGAUGUUCAUCUCAAACGGAUUGGAAACAACGUGGAUGAAUUGACGAGACAUCUUGCUUCGAGAUUAGUUGAAAAUUAUUCAACCGCUGUUCGCUCAACCUCAGUCGCCGUUUUCUCCAUCCAUUUCUUCACCCACAUCAACAGUUCAUUCUCCCUGUACAGCAACGCCUUCGCCCUCCUCAACGACGUAUUCGUCUGAUUCGGAUUUUGGUGCUGGAGAGUUGGACGACGAGGAGGAUGACGUCCCCAAAUUCAAGUUACCGAGGAAGAGUGAUAUCCGAACGAUAUUUGACUAUGUGAAAAGUGUUCUUGUUCAAAGAGGUUUUGUUGGAAAGGAUGAAGAAAUCGAUAAACAUCCCUUAUUUUCUGAGCUAAUGGGGGAAUGGACGACUCACUACGAGACUCAUAAAACAAGAGGAAUGGAAAAGUUUUUCCCGGUCAAACUUCGUAGAGUAUUAAGUCGGAGCAGAUCAGCGCCACGCACAUCAACCCCAACCAAAGGUGCUAAAACCCCCCCAAAAAACCACGUCAGGAGCCCUGAAGCACACGAGUGGGACGAAUUCAUACCUUUAUAUUGGAAUGGAUCAACGCUGUAUUACGGCAUUAUGUACCAGGGCUUACCUCGCAUCAAAAAAUGCAUGCAAUGUUGGUCGAAGUCAACAUCGGAGGGCUAUUUGUGUGAUACCCAUUCAAAAACCCGAUUCCAACAUUUCGCCGUUCUGCACGACGCUAAUGAGAGGACCAGUUUUUAUGCUACGUUAAGUUGUCAAGGUGUAAAGAAAAACGAAUGGACGCCUGAUCUGGUUAAAAAAACUUCUCACAACAAAACUCUCAUACAAAAAUACCUCUCCGAUCAUCCUAACGCACAAUUCACUCCUGUUUAUGAAAAAUCUACUCUACUCUCCUCCCCGGAACGACUUCCUGUCACGCAUUCCAUCACAUUGUCGGUUGCGCUCAUAACGCUAUUCAGAAACAUGGAAAAACUGGAGUCCGAUGCCCUCAUCAAACCGCAUUCGUUCCUUCAAAAGGAGAUAUAUAUAUCCCAUGCUAAUUUGGCAGUGGUGGAGAAGAUUUUGGAAAACAAUGGAGUGACCUUCUCCGUAGGGGAUAAUGAUGAUUCGGCCAGCUCCCCACUAAUCGACAAGGAUCGACAUUGCAAGAAGUUGCCACAGAUCUAUUGUGGAGUCGAAUCCGACAACAAAAUCAACGUUGGUUUGAAAACGUCUAAGAUUGGGGAAGACGAUCAUUCAAAAUACACCCAUAGUAACCAAUUCAAAUCAGGGCCCAUCUAUCAAACCCCCCUGUCAGAUGAGCAGCUAGCGAUUGCAAACACCAUUGAGACAUCUAAAUCUUUUAAGCAGUGGACGGAUCAACAGAGGGAUGUAUUCAAGUUGGUGAAAGAAGAUUGCACAAGGAAAGAAGGAUUGGGUCAUGCAGCUCUUAUUAUUGCAGAAAUGAAGGGUCAAUCCUACAAUGGCAUCCUCAUUCGAAGGGACAAUAAGAAACAAGAGCAUGUAAAUACUAUUGAGAAAGAUGAUAGAGCUUUUGUACAGUCAGUUUUUAAAGUUUUAACGGGAAGGUCCCUUAUUGUUUCAGUCGAGCAUACGGAUAAUUUGAGUUUUAAUGUUGAGAUAUAAAUAAAGGCAUUGCUUCAUUUGCUUUCAUAUGCCACUCAGACAUGCGGAAAAAGUAA